AUGACCAAUCCAAUUAGUCAAUAUUUAACUCUGGUUUCAUUGAAUUCAGUACAAACAACUUUGAAAUAUGAAACUGAUGCGGUUACUAAUUUAUUUAAUCAAUAUCAUCAAGAUGAAUUUUCCAUUAAUAAUAUAAUUCAAAGUAUUACAAUAAUGUAUAAUACUAUAAUUUCUAAUAAUGGGAAAAUUGUUAUUACUGGAGUUGGUAAAUCAUAUAAAUUAGGUUUAAAAUUGGUGGCCACAUUGAAUUCUUUAUCAAUUCAAUCAUCAUCACUACAUCCAACCGAAGCAUUACAUGGAGAUUUAGGAUUAAUUGAUCAAAAUCGUGAUUGUUUAAUUAUGGUAACUUCAAGUGGUAAUACACCAGAAUUAAUUCAAUUAUUACCUCAUUUAUCUUCAAAUUUACCAAUAUUAUUAUUAACUUGUUCUCGAAAUUCAAAAUUAUCUCAAUAUAAUCAAAUUAAUAGUUUAAUACUAGCAGAAUUAUUAUCUUGUCAUAAAGAAGAAAUUAUUCAUGGUAUACCAGCACCAACAGUUUCAUUCACUUUAAGUAUGAUGCUUGCUGAUGCGGUGAUUUUAGCAUUACUGGAAUUAAUUGAAACUGAUUCUUUAAAAAGGAAAAAAUUAUUUGGUUUAAAACAUCCUGGUGGUUCAAUUGGAGCAAAUUUAGCUCAACAAUUUGGUGAGGGUGGUGGUGGUGGUGGUAGUAGUAGUGAUAACAUUGAUAUUAAAACAAUUAGUACUACUACCACUAAUACUAAUACUAACAAUAAUAGUAGUAUUACUGUUCAAGCACCAAUUAUCCCAUCAACUUUAAUGUCAACAACAAGACUUUCUUCUAAUAGUUCAUCAAUGUUAAGUCUUAAAGAAAUGGAAUUGGAAAGUUAUUCAUCAAUAUCAUCUACAGAAGAAGGUCCACUGCAACAAAAAUCAAUAAAAGAAAUUACAUAUCAAGAUUUAUUAAAAUUACAAGAAUUAUCAUUAUUACAAUGGAUUGUAAGAUAUGAUUCAUUAAGAUUGGUUGAACAAGACAAUAAAAAUGGUAAUAAUAAUUAUGUUAAUUGUGAUUUUAUUCAAUCUUUAUAUAAAAAACAUUAUGAUGGAUUGAAUUGGGAUAAAUUUAAAUGGGAAUUAAUUAAAAAAUUUACUUGA